AUGGCGACGGCAAGAAAAGGGAGAGAGCUUUUUACUAUUUUGGAAACUAGCGCGGACGCAGAAAGUAGCACGGCGUGCGACGGCCGAGACUCUCCGCUUAAUCUUUCGGCCGAUGUGAAGUGGUUUGAAAUUCCUUACAGAAAGCCGGACUCGGACGAGGAAAACGGAGUACGGGAGGAGGAGGAGGAGGAGUACGCGGAGGACUGCUAUUAUUCCACCUCCACCAACUGCUCUGACACCGCCUCGAACGAUUCGGAUAUCGAUUUCUCCGAUUUGGAGGAGGAGGAGCGCAGGAGCUGCUUCGGCUUCGAGGAGGACUCGGACGAGGACUGCACGUCGGCGGACUUCUGGGGCGAACCCGACCAGGUCAUUUCGAUCGAGCCCUUCGCCGCGGCCAGCGGCCCUCAGCACUCGCUGGGGGACGACGCCGACACCCGUGACUAUUUCCGGAUACUCUUCCCCGAUUCUCUUUUUGAACACAUGGUAGAACAAACAAACAAAUACGCCCUCUACCGGCAGAGGAGGAGCGGGAAAUCCGACCCCCACUGGCACCCCACCGACGUCCGGGAGAUGAGGGCGUACGUGGGGUUGAACGUCCUCAUGGGCAUCAACCAGCUUCCGGACACCGGCAUGUACUGGGCCAGCGACAUUUUCAUAGGCAACGCAGGCUUUAAAAAAACCAUGACGGCCAGGCGCUUUGAAAAGCUCACCCAGUACCUCCAGCUGUGCGACCGCGAGACCGAGCCCGUGCGCGGCGAGCGCGGGUACGACGCCCUCUUCAAAAUCAGGCCUCUCCUCGACGUGGUGGAGAACACCAUGUGGGACUCGUACGCGCCCAAUCGCUGUCUGACCAUAGACAAGUGCGCCAUUGUCACCAAGGGCCGUUUCUCCCCCACCCAGUGCAUGCCCUCCAAGCCCCUGAGGAAAGGGCUGACCGUGUGGAUGCUGUGUGACGCGCGCACGGGCUUCUGCCACCGGGCCAAGAUCUACGUAGGCAAGCCAGACGAAGACGAGGCCGCCGCCUGCCUGGGCUACAGGGUGGCGACCUCCCUAGUGCGCGGCCUAGAGCGCCAGUACCACCACGUCUUCAUGGACGGCUUCUUCACCUCGGUGCCCCUCCUCCAGCGGCUGCUGCGGGACGGGCUGUACGCCUGCGGCCCCACCCAGCCCAAGCGCCGGGGUUACCCCGAGGUCCUGCGGCCCAGCAACGUCGGGAAGCUGUCGCAGGGCGAGUUCUACCAGUGUCAGCGGGGCAACCUGGUCGCCACGGUGACGCGGGACGCCAAGGUGGUCAGCUGCCUCUCCACCAACUCUGCUCCCGGCAUCGUGGGCAUCAGCCCGGGUCGGCAGCGGGCCGAGGCGGACGGGGAGGAGGAGGGCGACGGCGUGAACUGCUCGGGUUCGUCCCUGGGCGUGCCUCGGCCUCUGCCCCUGCUGUUGUACCAGGAGAACAUGAGGGGCGUCGACCUGUGUGACCAGCUGAGGGAGUGCUACCAGGUGGGCAGGCCGUGUAAGAAGUGGUGGCGCUACUUCCUGUGGUUCUACGUCAACCUGUGCAUCGUCAACGCCUACGUCAUCCUGAGGGAGAGCAGGGGCGGGACGCCGCCGGCGGGCUUCAGCGGCAAGCAGUUCACCCAGCGCCACUUCCGGGUGCGCCUGGCGCAGCAGCUGAUUGGAGACUACCAAGGGGCGAGGGGCAUGGAGCGGGCGGCGCGUAAGAGGCACGCAGAUUCCCCCAUAGAGUACGGACAUCGCCUGGAGCGCAUGUCGGAGCGCUCUCGCCGCUGCAGGAACUGCACCAACAAGGGACUGCGUCACGAGAGCGUGUUCGGCUGCAAGAUAUGCAACGUCCACCUGUGCAGGGGGGGGUGCUUCUCUGAGUUUCAUAAAUAA